UAUCCUUGCAGGAACAGAGUUAGCUGGUGCUUAUAUCCAGUAGUUGGUGGGUGAGAGAAAGGGUAUGCCCUGGACAGGCCAGCAGUUCAUUACAGGGGCACUCAACUAUGUACCCAUAGAUUCACACAUAAGGGAAAUUUAGAGUAACCAAAGAAAGUCAUGUUUUUGGAGCACCUUAAGAGGACUCACACCUGCGUACAAACCAUGCAAAUUAAUUGCAACAAGACCCUUGGUUGGGAUUAAACCCAAGAAACUUCUUGCUAGACAACAGUUCUGUCACUUGUUUGAGUGAAAAGUUUGGAGAUUUAACAUUUACAUCAUUUUCAACUUUGUUUGAUCAAUUCUAAUUAAACUAAUUAUUAACAAUUGUGCUCAUUUAGUUUGUCAUCUCAUGCACAUUGUCAUCUCCGACAAACUACACUUCCCAGGAGUCCAUGCGGUGCUCGUUAGCUGCGUCUGAACAGGUUCUACCUCUUUGCGACUUUCGCUUUAUAUUUCUGUCCUUUGUUAGGUUUGACACUCUCCGUCCAGAAGCAAAUUUUGUCCAUGGCGGCUCCCACUGAUGGCAACGUAGCAGUGCAGCUGAAUCCCGUCAUCAAGCCUCUCAGUUGGCUGCUAGGCACCUGGGAGAGCGACGAACCCGGAGAAGGAACGUUCCCCACCAUAAAACCUUUCCGAUACACUGAGAAACUACAUUUCAGUCAUGUUGGGCAACCAGUCAUCAACUUCACGUUUAACGCAUUUCAUGCGGAGUCCAAUAAGCCUCUUCACAGAGAAUGCGGUUUUAUUCGAAUCCAGCCGGGGACAAACAAAGUGGCCUUCAUCAUCGCACAGAACUCAGGUCUGGUGGAGAUUGAAGAGGGGGAGCUGACAGGAAAUCAGCUCAAGCUGCAGUCUCAAAGCCUGGGUAGAAUCUCUUUUGCCAAAGAGCCCCAUGUACAACAGAUUGGCCGAGUCUUGCAACUUCGACCAGACGGGAAGCUUGAACAGACUGUUUCCAUGGCAACAGACAACCAGCCGCUCACUCAGCACUUGUACAUCACUUACAGCCGAUCAUCUUGACCCAACCAGCCGUGGCCCCGCCAUUGCUUUUCAUCCCACACCUGUCAGAGCAACAUUUUAGGAGUGUGGGUCAGAAACCUUUUCUUUCUCAGGAAGUUUAUCGUUUGUCAUGCAUUUUUGUUUUAAAUAUGUCCCUGUUUUGAAUCUACAUGGUCCUAAUGGAUAAUAAAGAUUAAACUUAAAACGGUAA